AUGGCUGGAAACAUUGUUCUUGCCUUAGUAGUGAAGAUUGGAGAAUAUCUGGUUGCUCCAGUGAGCCGCCAGUUUGGUUAUUUGAUAUUCUAUGAAACCAACAUUAAGAAUCUCGAAAACCAAGUCCUCAAGUUGGAAGAUAAAAAAUUUGGAGUAGAACAAUUAGUUGUUGCAGCAGAGACAGAGAGAGAAACUAUUGGACCAGAUGUCAAGCGGUGGUUGACAGCGGUGAAUGAGCUCAGCCAAGAGGCCACGGAAUUCAUCGAGCAUGAAGUUAAAGCAAAUAAAGGGUGUCUGAAUGGGUGGUGUCCAAAUUUGAAGUCACGCUACUCAUUGAGCAGGAAAGCUACAAAGAAAACUCAAGUUGUGGAAAAGCUUUCUGGAGCAGGAAAUUUCCCUAGGGUGUCCUACCCUGAACCUCCAGUGGGGAUGGCAUCCACAGGCACUAGAGGCUUUAAGCAUUUUGAAUCUAGAAGAUCCAUUAUGAAAGGACUCAUGAAGGCACUGGAAGAUGAUAGUAUCAACAUGAUUGGGAUAUGUGGGAUGGGAGGUGUUGGCAAGACAACAAUAGUGAAAGAAGUUGAAAAAAGAGCAAAAGAAGGGAAUAUGUUCAAUGAGGUUGUCAUUGGUACAGUGUCCCAAAGUCCUGAGGUGAAGAAGAUUCAAGGUGAAAUUGCAGAUAUAUUGCAGUUCAAAAUUGAGGAGGAGACUGAACUUGGAAGAUCACGCCGACUGUGUGCAAGACUAAAGACCAUUAAGAGAAUUCUUGUGAUAUUGGAUGAUGUUUGGAAGAGUAUUGAGUUAAAUGACAUAGGUAUUCCAUUUGGAGAUGAUCACAAAGGCUGCAAAAUUUUGCUGACUUCCAGAUUUGAUUAUGUAUGUGACGAUAUGGGAGCUCAACAGAAAUUUACAGUUGAAGUCUUACCUAAAGAAGAAGCAUGGAAUCUCUUCAAGGAGAUAGCUGGAAUUUCUAACGACCCAAGUCCUACAACUGAUUUUCAUUGCACGCAGAUAGAAGUUGCGAAUGAAUGUGAAGGCCUACCGAUUGCUAUUGUUACAGUUGGAAGGGCACUUAGAGCUAAAGUUCAGUCUUCAUGGGAUUCUGCUCUUUCUCAAUUACGAAAGUCCAUCGUCAAAAACAUUAGGGGAGUAGAUGAAAAGGUAUUUAAGUCCCUAGAGUUGAGUUACAACUACUUAGAAAGUAAGGAAGCCCAAAAAUUAUUUUUGUUUUGUUCCUUAUAUCCAGAAGAUUUUGAUAUUCCAAUAGAAGAUCUUGUUAGAUAUGGGAUUGGGCUUGAAUUGUUUAAGGGCACUGAUACAAUAGGCGAAGCAAGAGACAUAGUACAUGACGUUAUUGAUUACCUCAAAAAAUGCUAUCUGUUAAUAGAUAGUGAGAGAACAGAGUGUGUGAAAAUACAUGAUAUCAUACGCGAUGUGGCUGUAUCUAUUGCAUCUAGGGAGGAGCAUUCGUUUAUGGUGAGAUGCGGCAAAGCAUUGGAAGGUUGGCCGGAGAAAGAUCGACUAAAGAAUUACGUUGUAAUCUCAUUAAAACUUAAUGGUAUGCAUGGGCUUCCUGGUUUAGAACUUCCAAAACUCCAGCUUCUAAAUCUAGAUUGCAAUGCUGGAUUACCAUCAAUUCACCCAUUUGAUCUCCACAGAGGGAUGGAGGAGGUCAAACUGCAAGAGACCCCAGAUAGUUUGUACCAAGGGAUGAAAGAACUCAGAGUGCUAGCUUUGUCAGAUAUGUACGGAUCACUGCCCACAUCACUCCGAAAUUUGACCAACCUCCGAACCUUGUCAUUUUUUCGUUGCCGACUUAUUGAUGAUGAUGCCUCUGUAAUUGGAGCAUUCGAGAAUCUGGAGAUUUUGAGGUUUGCCGACUCUUGUAUCAAGGAAUUGCCAAAAGAAAUAAUAGGUCAUCUUGCUCACUUGAAGGUACUUGAUUUGUUGAAUUGCAAAGUGGAAAGGAUUUACCCAGGUGUUUUGUCAAGUUUAUCAAUGCUACAAGAGCUGUAUAUCGGGAGCAGCUUUAAAAGAUUGGGUGAUGCUGGAAAAGAAGAAAGUAUGGAAAGAACUAAUGCAAUCAUUGCUGAGCUUGCAUCCUUGUCCAAUUUGGUGGCUUUGGAUAUUGAUCUAUUCAAUAUUAAAUCCUUUCCAAGAGAUUGGGUCAUUGAGAAGGUGAAAAAGUUCAAUAUAACAGUUCACCCAUCUAGUACCACCACGGCCUGGCCUUAUUAUCCAUUACCAAAUGAGUUGAAUCUCAGUUCACUGGAUGUGACUGAUCUUAUGGAUAGUAACCUUAAGAUGCUAUUGAAGAGCACUAAAAUUUUGGCUUUAGAGAGUCAAUUAAGGGUUUGA